AUGAGUUUUCACUACGGCCAGGGCUAUCCAGGAGGAGGUGGACCACCACCAGGUGCUCCGUAUGGGGGAGGCAGUGGUCCCGCUGGGCGUCAACCUUCAGCUCCAUACGGAGGCGCACCAUGUCAAUCAGGAGGUCCUUAUGGUGCUUACGGAGCCCAAGGUCAGGGAGGGCAGUAUGGGCCUGGACCAGGGGGUGCCCCGGGCGGGCCUUAUGGGAGUUACGGGGGACAGCAUCAAGGAGGACCUUAUGGACACCAUGCUCCUGCAGGUAACAUCCCUCCUGGUGUUAACCCAGAGGCAUACCAGUGGUUCCAGACUGUUGACACAGACCGCAGUGGCUCCAUCAACGCAAAGGAGCUGAAGCAGGCACUUGUCAACUCCAACUGGUCUGCUUUUAAUGACGAGACCUGCCUCAUGAUGAUCAACAUGUUUGACAAGACGCGGUCGGGUCAAAUAGACCUGUUUGGCUUCUCAGCACUUUGGGAUUUCAUGCAGCGAUGGAGAGCGCUCUUUCAGCAAUUUGACAGAGACCGCUCAGGCAGUAUCAGUGGCAUGGAGCUACAGCAAGCCCUCGCUCAGAUGGGCUACAACCUGAGUCCCCAGUUUUCUGAGUCAGUGGUGCGGCGCUUCGCCCUGCAAGGCGGACAACCUGGCAUCCAGCUAGACCGCUUCAUCCAAGUGUGCACCCAGCUCCAGACCAUAACGCAGGCCUUCAGGGAGCGAGACACAGCCAUGAUGGGCACCGUACGCCUCAGCUAUGAGGACUUCCUCUCCAGUGCCAUCACCAGGCUCAUGUGAGCCUCAUUCCACUGACAAUCCCUCUGCACUGUGUGGAUUCACAAUAUCAUUCCAUGUUCAGGUCAUUUUCGAUGCUUUCCCAUAAGUGCCCCCAGCUAUUGGUAUGUUGGUAUUGGCAGUAUAUAAGCCAGUACACAUUAUUCCAUGGCUUGUUGCUGUAUGUUUAUAAAGCCUAACACCAUGCACCUGAAUAAAGUUCAGUAGCUGUUAUAGAAGAAUGGAUAGCUUCACUUCGAUUGUGGCUUCGUAACAUCGGUCACCACAUAUGUAGGUCCCUCUAAACAACUUCAUAAUCCUACCAUAGAUGCCUUGGUGACAAGAGUCCUGUUUACUAGUACCUGUAUGUGAAUGAAAUUAUGAGUGCCUGUACAGAGCGCUAGUUUACACGUUUAAUUUGCUGAAUGUUGACCCGGCAGGGCCGAAUCAGUGUAUAGACUUGAUUAGAGGAGGUAUCAGAAUAACAGAAUAACUAAAUCCACCAGAUGUUUUCACUGUAUGACAGAGAUUAUGCUGAACUGCAAAUCCACCUACAGCAUUAACAUGUUCCCGUGCCAUUGAAAUAUUUUUUAAAUGCCUUUUUUCCCCCAUGCCUUUUAAAUGUAUGCAUAUCAGGAGUAUUCUGCAUUUCCAGAGGGUAUUUCCAUGUUGUUCAAGUUUUAAGGUGGGGGGAUGAAUUUAUUUAAAUUUUUGAAACAAAGCACUAAAAAGUGUGUCCUAUUUUGUUUGUCUUUUUCACCUCAAUGAAAUGAACCAUCAGUGACUGGGGGCCAGUACACAUAACACUCCACUGAGGUCUUAAAUCAGGAAACAUGCCAAAACCAAAUAAAUGCUUUUGUAUCACA